AUGGACAAUAAGCCACAGGCCCCAAACACGAAAGUCAAGAGUCGAUCUCGAAAUGGCUGUUCCCUGUGCAAACAAAAACGCCUCAAAUGCGACGAGACGAGGCCGGAAUGCCUCAUGUGCGCAAAGAACGGCCGAAAGUGCCCCGGGUAUACGCAGUCUUUCAAGUGGUCGACCAAGCAUGAAAAGACGUUGAGCGGCAAAGCCAGAGGGCCGUCCAACCUCAAGGAUUUGGUGACCGCCACGUCCAAGACUAUACAAUCACCACCACAACAACCACAAGCGCCGGUGGUUCUCGAGGACGAACAAAGCACCACUGCUUCAGACUCUUCCCCUGCUAGCCAAUUCGAAGCAGCAGCAGCCUGUCAGCAAGAUGUACAGCAAGAUACACAACAAGGCGACUUCCAAAACUCGUUAUCUCCGCUACUCGACACGUUGAUAAUGCCGGAAUACGACUAUGGAAUUGAGGAUUUGCUGCAAGAUAUUUGGCAGGAUGUCCCUCAGCCAAUACCAGCCAACAAAGACGCAAAUCAGUUCCUAGACCAAUCGGUCUGUCUGUUCAAUAGUCCUGGACCUGGGGAUCCUUUCUCGCAGCUCACAUGGCCAGGCACUCCAUCUACCAACCCGCAGCAGCCCGUCUCCUUUCAGAUACCCCGCGCCAUCAAUGACCGUUCGUCAUUGCUUGUCGAGGAGUGGUUUCGUAAUGUAUGCCCCAUGUGGUCGAGCUUUGAUUCGGAUGCCAACCUGAAUCGAAAGCUUGCAUUCGAUACCUGGACCCGUUCUGAGACGGUUAUGAAUUGUCUACAGAGCAUGAGUGCAACGUGCUUGAGCAGUCAGAUGCCGGCAAUGCGACGAGUAGCGGUGUCGUACCUUCAAUCAGCGACCACUGCUUUGCAGAAGGAACUCAAGUUAAUUCGUGAACAACCAGUCAAGAAGUUCCCAACCGAGACACUCCUUGCAUUGUGUUGCAUCGGAACGGCCGCAUGUUGGAUCGAUACAGCAGAACUUGGGACAAAGUUUUUAAGAGAAGCCAAGACUGUGCUGAAGCGCCUCAACCAGUCCAAGGAUUUAUCUGCUCAAGACAGGCAGAUAUUAUCAUUCUUCAAUAACAGCAUCAUCUAUUGGAAUAUGUUGGUGGCUGUCGUUUCAGAUGAAAGGGACGAUCUAGGCAUUCCAAAGCUCAAGGAACCCCAGCGUAAGGACAUGGCACAAAAGAUAGUUCCACAUCCCUGGACGGGGGUGUCAGCAACGGCUCAGCGGCUUUUCACGCAGGCGGUGCGGCUCUGCAGACGGUUCCGGUGGAAUUUGAGGCAAGGCUCCAUCGCUACCAUGCAAAAUUUGGAGAUUGCAAUGAAGGACAUUAGAGAGGCACAGAAAGUGGAAGAGGAACUGCUCGGCCUGGAGCACUAUCAGCCUCAUGAGAUAUCAGAGACUGGUGAUCGCAUGUCCCCAGUGUCGGACUUUAUCAAUGUCGCCGAGGGCUAUCGGCUUGCUUCGCUGGUGCAGCUCUAUCAGACAUUUCCCGACCUGGUAUCACGAAGGCUGCCCGAGGAUGCCGUGGGGUCCCAUGUUCCUUGGGACAACUGGAUUGUUCCAUUGACAUUACGACUUGUCAAUACUCUGAAGACAGUUCCAGUCACCUCGGGGACGCGCUGUAUCCAACCACUACUAUACCUUUCGGCUAGUACUGGCUUAAGAUUUGAUACAGAAACCUUACUGCAGCAACGGCGCUUUGCCCAAGCUGCAGCAGUAACUCCAGAUAUUACUUUGGCGUCAUUAGGAGAACCUCAAGUAACGCGGCUCUCCAUUGAAGUGACGUAUGCACGACGCUUCGUAAUGGAACGACUGAGCGCUUUGGAGCACAGUCUGCCACCAGCGCCGGUGCUUGUCGCGAAAGAUUUGGUCACGGCUGUCUGGGCUGGCUAUGACAAUGAUACCCCGGGAUCAAACAAUACUCAUUGGAUUGACGUUAUGGAGGAUUCCGACUUGCGGACAAUCUUUGGUUAG